CAAAAAAUUCCAGGUAAACAUCAUCCGUCAAUGCACUAAUUUUUUUAUGUUAAACGACAAUUUUCCCGGGCAAUUAAAUAACUUUCUCCUAUCUUCUAACUUUCUAUCUCUCUCUUGACUAUAUUAUCAUUAUUUUUUAAUGAGAAGAUAAAAUGAAAUUAAGAAGGAUAGAGUUAAGAGAGAGAAGGACAUGAUUCAAAUCCAACAUAACUUCACAUUAGAAAAAUAUAAUAUACACUAGUAAAAUAUUAUAUAUGUGUAUAAACACAAUAUAAGUCAACUUUUGAGAUUUAAACUUUUUAAAUAAAUAGUUACGAUUUCGAUCAUUGAUUUUUGUGUAUGAUUAAUUUUAUGUACCCUAAAAAUAAUUAUUAGAAGAAAAAAAUAUAUCUUAUAUUUCUAACAAAUUUUUCGACGAAAAUUAAUCAUUAUUACAUAACUGUAAAAAUACCGUAACUAUAUCAUCCUAAUUUGGUUAUUGGAUAAGACUUAAAAAACAGCAAAAAAAUAAAAUAAAAAUAAACAGAAAAGGGCCAGAAGACAAUAACACAAAACAAAGAAGAAAAAUGAAAGUUACUACUCUCCACACACACCUUCCCUCCCAAUUCUUUAAAAAAAAAAAACAAUUGAACAUUCGAUUUGUCAAAAAAAAAAAAAAAAAAAAACCACCAGUGAUGGUUAGGGCUUAAGUUUAAGGGUUUAGAAGAAACAGAACUGUCAUCGCAAUUCAUCCAUUCAUUCAUCAUGUCACUCUGCCGCCUUCUCCUCCUCCGUUCCCUCCGUCGUACCACCACCGUCCUUCCUAUCUCAAUCACCGUCCGUUCCUUCGCCUUUUCCUCUGCAGAAGAAGCUGCGGCAGAGCGCCGUCGUCGCAAGCGCAGUCUCCGUACCGAACCACCUUUAAACGCAAUCCGUCCUCCACCUCAUCAACAUCAGUCGCGUGACCGUAACGCUCCUCGUCUUCCAGAUUCACCAUCGGCACUUGUCGGACCUCGAUUAAACCUCCACAACCGUGUCCAAUCCUUAAUUCGCGCCGGUGACCUAGAUGCCGCUUCCGCCGUCGCACGCCACUCAGUUUUCUCAUCGACUCGACCUACGGUGUUCACUUGCAACGCCAUAAUCGCUGCUAUGUAUCGUGCUAAGAGGUAUAAUGAAGCUAUUGCUCUUUUCCAUUUCUUCUUCAAUCAAUCUAACCUUGUUCCCAAUAUUGUUUCUUACAACAAUGUAAUCAAUACUCACUGCGAUGAAGGCCGUCUCGAUGUUGCUCUCGAGAUUUAUCGUCAAAUCAUCGCUGAUGCACCUUUCAGUCCUUCCCCUGUUACUUAUCGUCAUCUCACCAAAGGUUUGAUCAGUGUUGGUCGCAUUGAUGAAGCUGUUGAUCUUUUACGUGAGAUGUUGAACAAAGGACAUGGUGCUGAUUCAUUGGUUUAUAAUAAUAUGAUAUCUGGUUUUCUUGAACUUGGUAAUUUGGAUAAAGCUAAUGAGCUUUUUGAUGAGCUUAAGGAGCGUUGUUUAGUCUAUGAUGGUGUUGUCAAUUCUACUUAUAUGGAAUGGUUCUUUAAGCAGGGAAGAGAUAAGGAAGCUAUGGAAUCGUAUAAGUCUUUAAUGGAUCGUCAGUUUAGGAUGACUCCUGCAACUUGUAAUGUUCUUUUGGAGGUUUUGCUUAAGCAUGGUAAGGAAAAGGAGGCUUGGGAAUUGUUUGAUCAGAUGUUAGAUAAUCAUACUCCUCCUAAUUUUCAAGCUGUUAAUUCUGAUACUUUUAACGUUAUGGUUAAUGAGUGCUUUAAGCUUGGUAAGAUUGAUGAAGCAGUUGCUACUUUUAGGAAGGUUGGAACUAAGUCUAAUUCUAAGCCUUUUAUGAUGGAUGUUGCUGGGUAUCGUAACAUUAUCUCUAGGUAUUGUGAGAAUGGGAUGUUGUCUGAAGCUGAGACACUGUUUCAAGAGCUGUGCUCUAAGUCUUUGAGUCCGGACGUGCCUACUCACACGACUUUGAUAGAUGCAUAUUUGAAAGCGGGUAGUAUUGACGAGGCUUUGAGAAUUUUUAACAAAAUGGUUGAUGCUGGUUUGAGGGUGGUUGCUACAUUUGGUAAUAGGGUGUUUGAUGAAUUGAUUAAGAAUGGUAGAGUUGUUGAUUGUGCUCAGAUUUUGAGCAAAAUGGGAGAAAAAGAUCCUAAGCCUGACCCCACUUGUUAUGAGGUGGUGAUCAAGGGACUGUGUGCUGAAGGUUUGUUGGAUAAAAGCCGAGAGUUGUUGGACGAGGUUAUGAGGUAUGGUGUUGGGGUCACUCCUGCCUUGCGUGAAUCUGUGACUGAGGUUUUUAAAAAUGCCGGGAAAGGUGAGGAGAUUGAGAGAUUACUAGAUACGAACCGAGUUGGAUACAAUACUCGUCCAAGACCUACAUACCGUCCACCACCGACAAGGUCCCCUUCUCAAAUGACUGGAACACAUAAUCCAACUUACGGGCUUCCGCAACAGCGCCCACCACUGCCUUCUGCUCAGAUGACUGGAGUACACAACCCACCUUCUGAGUUUCCAUCUCAAAUGGAAACACAUCAGCAAUACCAAACAAGGUCUUCUCAAGUUUCAGGAACACAUAACCAACCUUCUGGGUUUCCGGCUCAAGUGUCAGCACAGAAUUCCCCACCACACUUUGAUACUCGAAUGGCUGAAGCACAUAACUACCGUUUUCCCUCUGGAUAUCCACAUCAAAAUUCAGGGCAGCAACGUCCACCACUGCCUCCUCAAAUGACAUGGCAGCAACGACCACCACCGGCUACCCAAAUGACAGGAAUGCAUGAUCAACCUCCAUGGGGAGUAUCUCCUCCAACAAAUGGGCUGCAGAUACCAACAGCUGGACCUUCUCAUUCAACAGGGCAGCCUCACCACCCCCAAUACCAACGUCCUCCUCAUAUGCAAAGGGUAUCUUCUCAAACAACUACAAAUCCUUAUACACUAAAUGGACCUUCACCUCAAAUGACAGGCCAUCAACCUUAUGGACCUUCACCUCAAAUGACAGGACAUCAACGUUAUGGACCUUCACCUCAAAUGACAGGACAUCAGCCUUAUGGACCACCCUUUGCCCCCCAACAAAUGGCAGAGCAACCAUAUCCGCCACCAGGGCAACACCAUCCACUUUCAGGACCAACUCCUCCAAGGUCAUCUCUUCCAUCAUACGUAUUAUCAGAUAAAGCACCAAUGCCAAAUUAUACAGCCCCAGGAACAUCUUCUCAAGUUACAGGACCGUAUCACCUAUCAUCAGGAACCCCUCCUCACUUUGAAGAAUCACAUCAACAGCAAUUAGAAGUCCCUGAACAGGUUGCAGUCUGAUCAUUGGAGUUCAAGCUAAUUCUUAGUGUUGCUGUCUCUCUUUUGUAUUUUUAAAAGAGUUAAUCUAUUAUUUUAUAUUGUUAGUGUCGUACGAUGCUUACUUCUGAUGUUCAGAAUCAUUAGGUAUUUAUGAAUUUAUACAGGAAUAAUUUUAUAUUUAUUGGUUACGGACAUGUAUUGCAUGUGUUGUAUGACAUUUUAUUUUGAUUUAUUCCUGUAAACCUUUAAUUAUUAAUACAGCACAUCAUGUUAUUGAA